CCGGGCCCUUCUGGGAAAUGCGCGAGCGUUGUUCCUCGUCACGAAAUAAUUCGCCGUUUUUCCGGCACGUUUUGUUUUUCCGCGCGCGCAUUGGGAUUAGCCACUCUUUUGUAACAGGGAAUUCAGCCAUUCACCGUACAGUGGGUUCUCCUCUUUGUUUUUGGACAAACCAGGAGGGUUUCUUUGUCGUUUUAAAAAAGUUACUUUUCUUGGAUAUGGACCUCUGUCUGACACUCCUGUUAAUUUGUCUCUGCAGCCUAGGAACUACUAAUGCUGAAGUGGCAGAAGAUCAGUCAAUUCCCCUAAUUCCUCUAAACCCCAGUCAACCCAUAGAAGAAGGUGAGAGCCAGGGGACACCGGAGCCAACAACUCUAAACGAAACGACUGUUACUGCGACGUCCGACCUGCCGACGGCAAACAAGACAUCGCCAGAUGAAGAAAAGGGAGACAGUUGUCAGGCUAUCAGCCGAAGCCCCGACACCAAACAAACUAUCACUGCUGCAAUUCAGAGACUGGGGAUGCAGCUCUUACAAAACCUGGAGACGACACCAGAGCAGCCAAAUGUCAUCAUUUCUCCUCUAAGCAUAUCUCUGGCCCUCUCGCAACUGGCUUUAGGUGCAAAAAACGAGACGGAAGAGCUGCUGAUGUAUCACCUCCAUGAGAACAGCUUGCCGUGUUACCACGAGUCUCUACGACACGUCUUAACGCAGCUGAGAAACAGCGACGUGCAAAUCGCCACGCGCAUGUUUCUGCGCCAAGGGUUUAAGGGAAAGCAAGAGUUUGUGAGCGAGUCGCUGCGGUUUUACGACUCGGAACCAGCAAUAGUGGAAAGCCUUCAGCAGAUAAAUGAGUGGGUAGAGAACGCAACAGAGGGGAAAAUGAUGGACUUCCUGUCUUUUUUGCCACCCAAUCUGCUUCUCAUGCUCAUCAAUGCCGUUUACUUCAAAGGAGAGUGGAAAGCUCGGUUUGACCCGAACUUCACCUCCAAAGGCGUCUUUUACCUUGAUGAUUUGCACCUGGUGGAUGUUGAUAUGAUGGAUGAUACCAAACAUCAGCUGAGUUUAUUAAUGGACAGCGAGCUGGAGGCUCAGGUGGCAAGGUUCCCAUUCACAAAGGACAUGAGUUUGCUGGUUAUCAUGCCUGAGUCGGGGAGAGUGAACGUGUCUUCGCUUUCCUCUCACCUAAAUAUCUCCAACUUGUAUGAACGUCUACCCAAAGAGAGGGCUGUCCAAGUUAAAGUUCCCAAAUUCAAGCUGGAAUAUUCUCAGGAGUUGCAGGAAGUUCUUACCAAACUAGGUCUUGGGGAGGUGUUCCUGAAUCCCAAUUUGGGUGGGAUCGCAGAUGGCCCCCUGCUGGUGUCCAGCGUAAUGCACAAGUCUGGCAUGGAGAUUAACGAGGACGGCGCGAGGGCUGCCGCUGCCACAACGACCAUCAUCUCGAGGGCAUCCAAUCCUAUUUUUCACCUCAGUCAGCCCUUCUUCUUUGUGCUAAUGGAUGAUGUAACUCACAUACCAAUCUUCAUGGGUGUCAUCAAUAACCCCAAUCCCGGAGCCCCUGUCCUGCAGAGGAGGGAUGUUGGAAGUAAAGAUAAAGUAGGAUUCCCAACUGACAAGAAUCACAUGGGCUCAGUUGAAUUAAAUCCUAAAUAGAGACUAAAAUCCUCUGCCAAUUCUAAGGAAUUUGAAAAAUGUAAGUAAAUACACAAUGGAGUGUCAUAUUAGGUGACGUUGAGGUUUUCCUUUUAUACCACUUGGACUUUUUAUGAUGUCAAUAUGUCUGCACUGCAAAAACACAAAAUUCUACCAAUAUCUUACUAAUACGUUUAGCCCAAAUAUUUCAGUACAGUUGAAAUAAGAUUAAAACUAACUUACAAGUAACUUUUCACCAAGACAUAGGGGCUUGCAUUGAGUCAGUAAUUCCUUAAUAUUGAUGAAAACUUACUUGCUCCAGUGGCAGAUUAUUUUAGUUUUACCAAGACAU